UAUAGGGGAUUUGUAUGGCAGGACCCGGGCUGGACUCCGGCCAGAGUUUUUGGUGCAGGGUCGAGAGGGACGCACAGGAGAGGAACGCGUCUGGCUGAAGGGGAACGCGUCUGGCUGAAAAAGGAACUGGAACGCUCCUGUCGUGUUCUAAUGAAACGAAUUGAAUAGAAGGACGGACGCUGGAGGAGAAAUGUGCUGGACACACCACCUGCAUCACACCGAUCAAACCUGAUUGGAAAAAGGAUGUCCAGCGUUCAGGUUUAAACGCACUGCUGAUGAUGUGACAGUGCAGCCGUGCCGCACAUUAAAAUGCUGCUUUUAACACCAAAAUUUAAUAUUUGCGCAAUUCUGCAGUAGUAAAACGAGGAGAAUGGCAUCCUUCUUCAUCGUGGUCAUGGUCUCGGUGUUGCUUAACCCCAGUGUUGCCUUCAGCUCACAUUUUGACACAGGUGGAGCUCCACUGAGUGAGCUCUCGUGGCCAUCCUCUCUAGCCGUGGUGGCUGUCUCCUUCUCCGGACUCUUUACCUUUAUCUUCCUCAUGCUGGCCUGCCUGUGCUGCAAAAAAGGUGAUAUCAGCUUCAAGGAGUUUGAAAACAACGAGGGUGAGGAGCACCAGGCCGAUCGGCCAACUCUGGCCUCCACUGGCUCACAAGAUGGUCCAGACGUCUACGUCCUUCCCCUGACCGAGGUUUCCCUUCCUGUGUCCAAACAGCCAUGCAGAUCAAUUCAGCUGCUGAAGUCGGCAGAUCUUGGACGCCACAGUCUGCUUUACUUUAAAGAGCUUGGCCAUGGGUGGUUUGGCAAGGUGUUGCUGGGAGAGGUGAAUGCUGGACUCAGCACUAUUCAAGUGGUCGUAAAAGAGCUAAAAGCGAGUGCCAGCGUACAGGGGCAGAUGCAGUUCCUGGAGGAAGCCCAGCCUUACCGGACUCUGCAGCAUCCCGCUCUCCUGCAGUGUCUGGCCCAGUGCACAGAUGUCACACCCUAUUUGCUGAUCAUGGAGUACUGCCCCCUGGGAGACGUUAAAGGCUACCUGCGUAGUUGCCGGGCAGAGGGCUCGGCCACGCCUGAUCCUUUGACGCUUCAGCGAAUGGCUUGUGAAAUUUCCUCCGGGCUUCAGUAUCUCCACAAACAUAAUUACAUUCACAGUGACCUGGCUCUUAGAAACUGUCUGCUCACCUCUGAGAUGUCAGUCAAAAUUGGUGACUACGGCCUCUCACAUAGCAGGUACAAGGAUGACUACUUUGUCACGGCCGAUCAGAUCUGGGUGCCUCUACGCUGGAUUGCUCCAGAACUUAUUGAUGAGGUUCACGGUAAUCUGCUAAUUGUGGACCAGACCAAGGCCAGCAAUGUCUGGUCACUGGGGGUGACAAUCUGGGAGCUUUUUGAGCUCGGAAACCAGCCGUACAGACACUACAGUGACAGGCAGGUGUUGACCUAUGCUGUGAAGGAGCAGCAGCUGAAGCUGCCCAAGCCUUUGCUGGAAAUACCUUUGUCUGAACGCUGGUAUGAAGUGAUGCAGUUCUGUUGGCUGCAGCCAGAGCAGAGGCCUGUCGUGGAGGAAGUGUGCCUGCUGCUGAACUAUCUGUGCGCUAAAGACACCAGCGAGAAAGAGGAGGAAUUCGAAACCCGCUGGAACUCCCUCAAACCCAGCCUCGACACGAGCAGUUCUAACAGAACCCCAGUCGGAGAGGCACCGUCUUGCAAUUCCUCCUUCCCUCUGCUGGAGCACUUCUCGAUGGCAGACAGUUUUCAGUCUGAAAACGGAGACGAAAUACUGACGGUCACUGAGACCAGGCACGGGCUCAACUUCGAGUACAAGUGGGAACAGGCCAGAAGCGAACAACCCUACUGCUCCGUGUCUCCUUGUGGAAAUUUAGGAAGCAGGAACUCGCCAUACCAGGACAUGUACUAUCCCAUUAGCAGUAGCGCCGGAAGCUGCAAGAGUGAAACUUUGACCCUGGGUGUUUCUCCAUCCUGCUACAAGUUAGAUUACCCCGGAGUAGUCCCAGUCCUGAGUGCGCACAGUCCGUCGGUCAGCAGCGAGUACUAUAUUCGUAUUGAGGAACCUGUAGAUUGCAAUAUCAGUCUGGAGGAGGUCAGUCCAGGACAUGAGGCCAGCAACUUGAGCUUGCCCAUGCGUGACUUCAGAAGUCCUACAAACAGCAGGUCAGGAUCGAAAGACUGUAAAGGCAGCAUCAGUGAUUCAGAUUGCAGCCCAUCUAUUGCCCUCACCCUGAAGCCACAUCAGAGAGAUCUAAGCCUUAUAGAUUCUGUAGAACGAGUAAGUCCAAAUUUCUCCCCCAUAGUUGGUAAUAGAUUGUCCCCCUUGGGAGAUCUGCAGGAAUUCCGUCAUGGGUCUGAAAGCCCCUGCCAUACCGGUAUACAAGAGAGCUCACAUGCCAUAUCAAUCUCACUAAGCAGCCCCAGUCUGGGACAAUGUGACCCCUACGUUGAGGCCAACCAGAGGAUUGCUGAAAAUAGUAUGUCUACUAAGGUCGACUAUGACUUACUGAGCAACAUUCAAAAGAACGUUUCCAGGCCUCACGAUAUAUGUUUUAAUGUUGAAGCUGGUGAUUGUCUUGUUAUGGGUUCUGCAGAUCCAGAGGAUGAUGACCAUCUUUUUACUAAUAGUGAAGCAGUUAACUGGAUGUCAAACCACUCCACAAACAACAACACUUUAAACUUUGAUGCCAGACAAACAAGCAGGGACACUAAAUUUGACAUGCACCACACUGCACCUUUCACACAGGUUGAAUGGCAAAGGCCCAUGACCGGCAGCAAUCUCACUUGCUUACCGUACACAGAUUUAGAGCGUAUAUCAUACAUACAUCUCAGUUCUGAAGGUGAAACUGGGGUCGAACCACAUCUCAAAAGUCAGGUACGGUUAGCAGACAGAAGCACAACCCCUGCACAAGACAUCAAAGUGCGAUCUGAUGGUCCCAAAGCAGGCUAUGGCGAGAAGAUUCCAGACCUCCAAGCUCUUUCAAAGAGUGUCUCAGAGUGCAGCCAGACAAUGGACAGCUGGGUGGAGCCUAGCUGCUCCAGCAUCAGCCUAGUGAACAUCGAUGACUGCAGCGAUGAUGACAUCAUGGACAUUACCUCCGAAGUAUUUGAAGCCUCUCCGGUUGACUAUGCAGAAGUCGCUGACAUUGAUCUUGCUCGCAUACCCUUUCGUACAGAGAUUCCAAGUCGAGACCCUGACGACAUCGCUACAGGUAGCAGCCCUUGUGAAGCCCUUAGUCCAGAUGCUUACCACACAUCUAUCCAGCCAAAAUCGCUAGACAGCGGCUAUGACACAGAAAACAACGAGUCUCCUGAGUUUGUCAUGAGGGACCUGGAAGGGAAGCCAGUUCUCAGCACCAGUGUGGAGUCAGAGUGUGAAAUGGUCCUUCAGAUGGACCUUGAAGAAAGUGUUGAUGAUGUAGUCUUGACCCCAAGUAGCAGUAGUAAUUCUGGUGGGAGAGACCAGUACAGAGACUCAGCCUAUUUUUCAGACUAUGAUGUAGAGAACGACAAGAGCCCAUGUGAAGGGGAGAGAAGCUUUUUUGACAACCGAUUAGAAAAUGAUUUCUUUGAUAGCAAACCUGCGAAUGAUGACACAGCCAGAAAAGCAGGGGGAAAUAACGGCCCUCCGGUGAGUCAGAGAGAAAAUAGAUUUCAUUUUGCAAGGGUGAUGGAAAAUGCAGAAAGUGCUGUUUUAAGGGGCAACCAGUGUCUUGAGAGGAGGAACAUGGAUCCAUCUUCAAUGCCUUUAUCAGCUCCGAUAAUCACUGUUUUGGCCCCGUUUCCUCCAGAGAUGGGGGGUUGUUUGACCAAAGAGUCCACUCAAGAGGACGGCCUUGUGCUGGAAUCGGAACAGUCUGGAGAGGAGCCAGCAUCUGAAUGUAGCUUCAGCACAGCCUCCGAAGAAUCAACCACGACACAGAGAGCUGACACCAUGGAGGACCCGGCUAACAGCGUCUCCGUGGGCUUUUUUUCUGCAGACCUCUUGGGUUCAACUUCCACUGUCAUAGAGUUCAGUGAGGAGCUUGACGAAGAUGAUCAUCCAGAGUGCUUGAUGGAUGGGAAGGAUGAAGAGAAGAACGGAGAAUUGGAAGAAGAGGUAGUGAAAGGCUCACCUUUGGGUGUUAAACGAGAUAGUUCUCUGGACAACAUUCUGCCUGCCUUACCAGAGGACUUGGACCUUCCGGCACCCUUGGGAAAACUUGAGGAAGCAGACCAGGAAGACACUGAUGACAGUGAUGAGUCUGAUGAGGAGCUGCGCAGCUACAACGUGCAAGAACAGAGUGAGGAGAGUGAAGAGGAGUUCACCACUGUGCCUGUUGUGGUGAGCGAGCGAAGUAGUGCCAGGCAUCUUCGGAGUCUCCUCAAAAUGCCUUCCCUGCUCACGCAGUCCUUCUGUGACGAGCUGGACCAGAAGAAGAAAGCAGUCUCCUUCUUCGACGAUGUCACCGUUUUCCUUUUUGACCAGGACAGUCCUACAGGUGAACUGGCAGACGAUCAAGGGAUAGAACCAAACGAGCCGCCUGCAGAUGGCGAGGACGCUCAACAGCAGGAGAACAUCUGUGCCUCUGAUAACACUUCGAAUGGGAAUGAAUCCGACUGUGAAAAAAGUGAAGUCUUCGAGUGGGGAAAUGAUUCUACUUUCGACAAAAUUGGUACACCCCAAAACUCUCCAGUCAAGUCCCCGGAUGAAAAGCCAGCACUCCAGUUUUCACGUUUCAGUGUUUCCCGCUUCUCAAUCACACAGGUGUCUGACACGGACAUAGAAACCAUGGGAGAUGAAGACCAGGCAUGAGGACACUUCCACAAGCCCCAUCCGACUGUUUGAGGGCGCCUCAUUCUUAGGCUGUAAUAAAACUCAAGACUUACCUGGUGUCCUGAGCCAUCGUAUAGUAGUGACAUGGUCUGUUAAGGACCACAUGUAACAGAAAUAAAAUGGAAAUUUAAUGAAUGCAUUAGAAAAUAUUUUAAAAUAACUUAUUACGACACUCAUAUAUAGGAACAAAUCAUUUAAUUACCAUAGCGACUGCAUCCCUCAUUGGCUUAAAGUACUUCAGCUUAUCACACAUUGGUCAGACCUCUGUUCUAUUGGUCAGAGGUCGAUUCUAAGCUCUUGAGUAUUAAAAGGUAUACACUAGGAUGCUAGUAUUAUUGCCCAAACCAAAUAACAUUCACCUUUUGUCAACUACUGUGGGUUUAGAAUUCUGUCCCACUGGGGCAAAACACUAUCACACCACUGCUGAGAUCUCAGCUGUACUAUUGGUCAGCCGUGCACCUACACAGACAUGAUUUCUGAGGGAAGACAAGCUCUCAUUUCUCAUUGCUGCUACAAUUGCGGCCUCUGCUGGCUGGUCGAUGACACCUGCACAGAGACGGUGAAUAAUGGAGAUCAGUGCCUGGCUCUCCUUAUGCUAUACUGAUCCCUGUGUGAACACAACUCAUGCAAGUGAAAAGAAGCGAUUGGCUGCUGCUUGUGUCAAAAGGGGUGUGCGUUAAGCACAGGCUUACUCGGUCAUGGUAGGGGUCUGCAGCGGUACAGGAGAUACAUCUGGGUAAUUGGAAACGACUAGAUUGGGACAGCGCUCCAGAUGUUGGAUCUCAGCGGUGCCACCAACUUGGUCUCUUUUCACUGAAUGGAAUAAAACUGGAUGUCCAACAACCUCAUGGUCAGCAUACAUAGCCUAUAAUAUUGUCAUUAUUAGGGUUUAUUUGACCCCAUUGGGAAACGCCUUUGCAAUUAUGUGCAUUUAAACCCAAUUUCCACCAGUUUUUAUGACAGCUAGCACCUGGGUGGUAAAAGCUAGCACGUGUCCUAAGAGACGCUUCAAACCAGCAUUCAACUGACUGAAAAAUGCACUGGAUAAAGCAUGUCUGAACAUAUCAAUAAACCCACAGGUGGACGCUAACUGUGCGCGAGCUCAAUCUUUUUGAUUGAGGUUGCCACAGCUGUCUGUUACGCUAGCCUACCGCAGGUGCUAUCAGCCGGCCAAGCGCCUACACAGACAAAGAAAAAUGUAAGGCUGGAGUGAUAUACUUUAUACCUUUAAAACAGGGCAAGCUAUGCUCUUUUGGACUCCAAAAAAAAGAAAACAGCAACAACAAUGUAGCUUAUUGUUUAAAGACUUUUUGGGUGCUUGGAUGAUGCAGCAGUCUAAGACCAGGGUUCAAAUCCCAUUGUUUGUGGUUGUGUCUGAGGGAGGUUAUAACACCCCCUACUGUGUGGUCGAGGCACUGGCAGAGGAAUACGUGGGAGUAUAGCAUGUUCCUUGGUUGAAGUCUGCUGGUGCCGAGUCAGUCGGCUUGACAGGUGUCAGAGGGAAUUGGACAUGUCUAAAGGACACAUCUUAUCAGCACAUUUACUACAUUAUUGUGAAAAUAAGCUAUUUUUGGGGGAUUACUAGGGAAAGAUCCCACACUGGCAACCCUACAUGGCUAAUAUGCUUCACACCAGCCUUGUCUCCACAGCUAACCAGUUUCGUUCAGUAGAUUUAGCCCCACUUUUAAAUACAAUUCUAGUGAAUUGGUCUUGAUAGCCACACCAAGACACGUCGACUCCGUCCUGUCACAGUCAAAGGCAGCUUUCUCAAAUCUUCACUUCAAGGUAGAUUUAAACAAAGCAUAUUACGGUAGCAAGUAAUAUUUACCAGUUCGAUAAAUUGCUGUGUUACACAACUCGACAUCUUGUUUUCACACGUGGUCCAUGUUAAAUCAUGUUUCUAAGUCAAUGUUCUGACAUACUGAGACAUGCUGUGUAGAAAUGUAUGUAUGGUCUUGAUACAUCAUCGCACCACUGGUUCCCAGUCCAAAUCCACUGCUGUGCCAAUGUUCCCCAAUACGCAUCUGUACCUCUGUUUAUUUUUGACUCUUUAUUUGUGAAGUUGUACUAUUUUUACAAUGGAAAACCAUAUCAGUGCUUUACAGAGAACAGCUGAUGCUCUUUUGAUGUGCCAAAUUGAUAUCUGUUGAUCAAGAGCCCAUAAAUCAUCCUGUUAUGAUGUGCUAGUCUGGCUUUUUUCCCCCCUGCACUUGUAGUCACAUGACGCCUGUUCCAUAUCACCCAAUCCAUGCCAUCUGUAGUAUUCUGGAAAAUAAACCAAAUUCAUAGUUAA